GCACCAGUGCAACAGUGCAGCUAGAAAGAACGGACCAUUAUUCUAACUUAUUGCACCAGUGCAGUAGUACAGCAACAAAAAACGCCUUAAGAAAGUGAAUGAUUAUCAAUCCCCGAUGACAAAAAGUUCUCAUAUCUUGUACUUUUAACAAUUUUCUAUAUUUUACAUUUAUUAAGAUUUCUUAAAAACAACACUGUUUAUUAAUUUUGGGGGGAAAUUAUACAUCAGAGAUCUUAAAAUAUUUCACAAUUUAUUAUAUGUAUAGCAUAUAUAGAUAUUUAUAUUUUUCAGAAUUUCUAUCAAGUUUUAUAAUUUUUCAAAAUUUUUGUAUAAUUUUGAAACUUUUCAUAGCUAUUCUUUAUAAGCUAAAAUUCUUUAUAAAAGUUCUGAAAUUGAUAGAAAUUUUGAAAAAUAUGAAGAAUUCUAACAAAAUGUUUUAUCAUAAAAUUAUAUGUAUACAAUUAAUUUAUUAUAUUUUAGAAUUAGAAAAAUGUCAGAUGAUCUAUUAGCGAAGGAAAAAGAGUUUCACAGAUUGAAUUAUGAUCUUCAACUAAGGACACGUAAUGUAAUGAAGACUGUUGAUUCGAUUAUACAUGUUCACGCAGAUAAAAGUUUAUUUAGCAAUACAAAUCACUCAUUUCGGAAUUAUGAAAUGGAAGAUGCAAAAGCUGCAUACUCUAAAAAUAGAGCACCAAAGAUAAAUAGAGAAUUAAAGAAAUCAUUAAUUAAAGUUUCUGAAAUUCCAUUAGGCGAAAGUACCAAGGAUACUGAGAUUCUAAAGGAUAAUACUAUAGGAAAUAAAGCUAUUAUUACUUUACUUAAGGGCAAAAUAGAUAUAUUUUAUAAAAAGUUACAAUCAAUGCAACUUGAGUAUAACAAUAAGUGCGAUUAUUGUAAAGAAUUAGAGAUAGAAAAGAAGAAACUUAACAAUACUCAAAUUAAAUUAUGGAACCAGAUAGAAGUUUUAAACGAUACAAUUACAAAGUUAGAGCAUGCAAAUUCAGAUACACUGUUGGACUACCAAGCUUUGAGCAACGAAAAUAUUGUCUUGAAGAAGGAUUUAGAAGGUUUUCAAAAGGAGAUACGAAUAUUAAAUCAACAAUCAAUCAAUCUUGAUGUGAGAUUAAAUAGGUCUCUGGAAAGCAAUGAGAAACUAAAAAAUGCGUUACGAUAUAGCCACACAGAAGAAAAGGAAUUGAGAAAUCAAAUUAGAAAAUUACAAGAAGAUAAAAAAUUAGCCAUAAAAAAUUUGGAAAAACAGCGAUCAGAAUUAGUGCAAGCAUUCAAGAAACAAACGCUACUCAUAGAUAAUUUAAAGAAGCAAAACACACACUUGAUGGCAAACGGACAAGUUGGCUUGGCGAAAGAAGAUUUUGCAAAAUUAUUAGAAUGGAAACCACAGAAUAUCUCUGAUGUAUUGUAAUAAUAUUUACGGCAAUAAUAUUCCUAAUAUAUUUAUAUUUUCAGGAUUUUUCUUCUACAUUUACUCAUUUAAACCUCUCUUUAAAGAGAGCAUUUUUUCAGGGAUGUUUCGUAUAAAACAUUUAUUGAAUGAUUUCAACUCAUAUAAUUUACCGUAUAAAAGAUGAAAUUAAUUCUAUUUUAUAACUAUUUAGAUUUUACAGUAUUAUAUAUUACAGCACAAAAAAAUCUGAUAUAUCACUUCAUAGAAAGCUUAUGUGUAUUUAUUUCAAAUUCAAGUGUACUUAUAUCAAAAUUAAAUAUUAGUAAAUCAAAA